AUGGGAGAUAUAAUCUCAUCUACUAUAAGAUCUUCACGAACAGGUUCAUGGUCAUUAUUGCCUAUACAAGGUAUUUUCAGUGUACUUUCACCUGGUCGUACUCUACGUGGUUCUUUACCCGGUGGUCCUGGUGGUGUUUCAUUCCCUUCAUGGUUUGGAAAAAAUAGUACACAGAAUCGAAUUCAUCGUACAACUUCAGAAUUAGCUUCACACUUACGCUUGGCUACUCAUUGUGGUUCAUCGAAUCCAUUGACUUUAUUAUUGGAUUAUGCUACACCAGUUUCAGAGUUUAUUACUCGUCCAUUGAAAGAAGGUGAUGUUGAUAGUGCUAUGGAACUAUUGGUUAAAUAUCAAAUGGUCAGGGAAGAUGUUGACAAUAUAAUGGAGUUAACUACAUGGCCAAAUCAACCAAAUCGAAUGCAGAAUAUCGAUUCAAAAGUUAAAGCAGCAUUGACGCGUACAUAUAACAAAUCAUCUCAUUUAUUGCCAUAUGUCAUCUCAACUGGUGGUUCUUUCAAACGUAAACGUGGUGGUGGUGCUGCUGUUCCUGCAGGUUUAGAGGAUGAAGAUGACUCUGCUUUGUUCGAUGAUGGUGAAGAGGAAGAAGAAGAUGCAGUUGACUUGAAGAAUGAUGCUAUGAUCUCAGUUAAAAAGACGGAACCGAAAAAACGCACAAACACAGAAAAAUCCAAACCACAAGAAGACCGUGCUUCAUCUUCUGAUGCUGCUGGUAAAGGACGUGGUCGAGGUCGUGUUGUGUGCGUGUGUUUAACAUUUGUAUUUUAUUAUAUUACUUUUCAAUCACAGAAACUGCAAAAGUUUCCUGUACGCUUUCUUUCCUCCUGUUUCCAGUCAAUUAAAAAUUGUAAUACUUCAUUCAUAUCAAUGGUGACUAAUUCAAUAGUUCGUAUCGGUACACAUGAUGGACGUUUUCAUGCUGAUGAAGUUUUAGCCUGUGCAAUGCUUAAACACCUGCCAGAAUAUGCCAAUGCUGAUAUUAUACGUACACGUGACGCUAGUAUCUUGUCAACUUGUGAUAUAGUCGUUGAUUGUGGUGGAGUGUUCAGUGCAGAGAAUCAUUUAUACGAUCAUCAUCAAAGAGGAUUCACUCUUACUUAUAAGGACUUUUUCCCUCAAUCUGAUUGGGAUAUUAAACUCAGCAGUGCUGGUUUGAUAUACGUUCAUUUCGGUAGGAAAAUAUUAUCUCGUAUACUUGGCAAAGAAGAUAUAACUGAUCCAUUAGUUGAUGCUCUUUUUGAUAAGAUAUACAAUUCAUUCAUUGUUGAAAUCGAUGCUAUUGAUAAUGGUGUCCCGUUAGCGUCAUCAACGUUAAGAUAUUCCAUCAAUACAUCUUUAAGUAGUCGAGUGAAUCGUUUGAAUCCAGCCUGGAAUGAAACAGAUGCCGAUGAAAAUGUGUGUUUUCAAAAUGCUCUACAAUUAGUUGAUAACGAAUUUGUUGGAUUAGUUCACUUCUAUUCAAAUUCAUGGUAUCCUGCUCGUGAAAUUGUUUUAAAAGCUGUGCAAUCUAGAUAUGAAACAGAUCCAUCUGGAGCAAUAAUUCAUCUUGAAGGUACUGGAUGUCCAUGGAAUGCACACUUUUUUGAAAUUGAAAAAUCGAUAAAACAGAAUAAAAAACAAGGGAAUAAUCUAAGUGGAAAUCAUUGUCAGGAUAAUGAUAGUGAUGAUGAUGACGCAAUGUUAUAUGUGAUAUAUGAGCGUAAAGACACUACAUGGGGUAUACAAGCUAUACCAUUGGAUGAACAUAAUACAUUCACCCAAAGGCUACCUUUACCAGAGAGUUGGAGGGGAUUACGUGAUGACCAGCUAAGCUUAAUUGUUGGUAUACCAGAUUGUGUAUUUGUACAUGCUACUGGAUUUCUUGGGAUUCAUAAGACACGUGAAGGUGUUAUUCAAAUGGCUAAAUUAACUAUGAAAAUGAAGAAUAAAUAAGUUGUAGUAACGUGUCAUAAUUUUCUUGUCAUUUCUUUUGAUGAUUUUUAUGACCCAAUAUAUGUAUGCAUCCCUCUUUCUGUGGUAUUUUUAUUUCCAUUGGAAAUAUA